GCAAAAUGAAGUCAUUCUUGUUCCUUUUAUUUUUAAUUUCCUGCUACCAAACUAUUUAUAGUACUAAAUAUGACCAGAAAGAAUGGGAGAAAUUUAAGAAAACCUACGCCAAAAUAUAUCAAGAUCAAGCAGAAGAGAGUUACCGCAAAUCAAUAUUUUUCAAAAAUAUGCAGACCAUUGAAGACCACAACCAAAAAUAUGCCCAAGGCCUUGUCACAUACACCGUUGCAAUAAACAAAUUCGCCGACCAUACUGUCAACGAAUUAGCAAAAGCGUCCCGACCAACCCAUCGUCAAAAAACCAAAACCAAAAAGGUAGUUCUUUCAGACACCGAAGUACCAGAAAGCAUCGACUGGCGCGACUAUGGCGUGAUUCCACCCAUCGUAGACCAAGACUUUUGUUUAUCAUGCUGGGCUUUCGCAGUCGUAGCUGCGGUAGAAGCACACGUCGGUAUCCACCUAAAUCGCAAAAACCAAACCCUGAGUGAAGAGAAUCUAAUCGAUUGCGUUUACCCCGAUUUUAAUUGUACCCAAGAAAUGGUAAGAACGGCCUUGGAAGACUCUUAUCAGUAUAUCGUCGAUAAUGGUAUUGACACCGCGGAAUCGUACCCAUACGAUGAAGAAACCAGUCAGUGUCGGUUUAAACCUGAAAAUGUAGGGGCUACGAUUACAGAUUAUGCCAGAGUUCCUGAAGGUGAUGAAGAGGAACUGAAACGUGUCGUCGGUACUAUUGGUCCAGUGUCCGUGAUGAUAUCGGUUGAUUUGACUUUCAUGGUACACCGGACUGGGGUGUAUUAUAAAGAAAAUUGUGUUGAUAUAAAGGAGCCGUACAAUCAUGCGGUCACUGUAAUUGGGUAUGGGGAAGAGGAUGGGCAAGAGUACUGGUUGGUUAGAAAUGAAUGGGGUACUACUUUUUCAGAGAAUGGGUAUAUCAAGAUGGCUAGAAAUAGAGGCAACUUGUGUGGAAUUGCCACAUAUGCCACUUAUCCUAUAAUAGGAGAACAAAAUUUGGUGUAGAAUGUAAUAAGUACUAUAGGGAGAUAAGUUAUCAUUGUACACUUGACAAUGAAUUAGCAACUUGUUGAUUAAUGUCAAUUAGAAUAUUUCUGAGUGUCUGAGUC